AUGGAGCGCCACAAGCAGGCCGUCGGCGCCAUCGCCGCCGCCGUGCGCGGCUUCUUCGAGCGCAAGGAGCCCUACCGCAUCUUCCACGGCAGCACCAACAGCACGCGCCCCCGGCCUUCCCCCUCGGCGCGCAUCGUCGACAUCAGCGCCCUCUCGCACGUCGUGUCCGUCGACCGCGCCGCGCGCACCGCCCUCGUCGAGCCCAACGUCCCCAUGGACCGCCUCGUCGAGGCCACCCUGCGCGACGGCCUCGUGCCCCCCGUCGUCAUGGAGUUCCCGGGCAUCACCGCGGGCGGCGGCUUCGCGGGCACCGCCGGCGAGAGCUCCUCCUUCCGCCACGGCUUCUUCAACGACACCAUCAACUACGUCGAGAUGGUGCUGGGCAACGGGGACGUGGUGCGCGCGGAGCCGAGGGGCGAGCGGGAGGACUUGUUUCGCGGGGCGGCGGGCGCGGUGGGCACGCUGGGCGUCACGACGCUCAUGGAGUUGCGGCUCGUGGAGGCGAAGCGCUGGGUGCGCACGACGUAUCAUCGCGCGGAUAGCGUCGCCGAGGCGGUCGCCAAGAUUCAGCAGGAGACGCGCAACCCGGACAACGACUACGUCGACGGCAUCCUCUUCUCCAAGGACCACGGCGUCGUCAUCACCGGCCAGAUGACCGACGACAAGCCCGACGACGUCGCGCCUCAGACCUUUAGCAAGGCCUGGGACCCCUGGUACUACCUGCACGUCGAGGAGCGGACCAAGAACCUGACGUCUUCGCCGGCGUCGCAACCCCCCGCCGAGGAGGACUCAUCCUCCGACCCGUCUUCCACGGCAGAAACGACAACAACAACAACAACAACAACCACGUCCGCAUCAUCCUCGUCCACCACCGCCGUCGACUACAUCCCCCUCGCCGAGUACCUCUUCCGCUACGACCGCGCGGGCUUCUGGGUCGGCCGCCAGGGCUGGACCUACUUCAAGUACGUGCCCUUCAACGCCUUCUUCCGCUGGUUCCUCGACGACUUCAUGCACACGCGCAUGCUCUACCGCGCCCUCCACGCCAGCGGCGAGUCCGCCCGCUUCGUCGUCCAGGACCUCGCCCUGCCCUACGCCAAGGCCGAGGAGUUUGUCGACUACACCGCCGACCAGUUCGGCAUCUGGCCCCUCUGGCUCUGCCCCCUCAAGCAGACCCUGCCGCCCACCUUCCACCCCUACACCGGCGAAACGGAACCCGCCAACACUACCACCGCCGACGGCGCCGCCGUGGCCCCCAAGGACGUCCUCAACAUCGGCCUCUGGGGCUGGGGCCCCGCCGACCACGAGCUCUUCAUUAAGAAGAACCGCGCCCUCGAGGACAAGCUCGUCCAGCUCGGCGGCCGCAAGUGGCUCUACGCCCACACCUACUACUCCGAGGAAGAGUUCUGGCGCGUCUACAACGACCACGGCGGCGAGGGCGGCGCCAAGGCCACGGCCGAAGACGCCUCCACCAAGGCCUGGUACGAGGCGCUGCGCAAAAAGUACCAUGCCGAGACCCUCCCUACCGUGUACGACAAGGUGCGCAUCGACGUCGACGCCGCGCGCGAGGAGCGUGCCAAGUGGCGCAUGUCCAUGAAGAGCCGCUGGCCCGUCGGCGGCCUCUACGGCAUCUGGAAGAGCAUCCUCAGCGGCGACUAUACCCUGCAUCGCAACGCCGAGUGGAAACACAAGGGCGAAUAG